AUGACUGGCAGUCCCGGACAUAUGCACUGCAGUCCCCCACCUAUACCAAAAGGACCGAUCUCGCACUUGAAACCAUUAUAUGUUAACGCUCACAUCUGUGGUAAGCCGAUUAACAAUGUUUUCAUUGACAAUAGAGCUGUCUUUAAGGUUAUGCCUCUCAAAACCUUGAAGAAAUUGGGGAAAGGAGUUGGUGAUCUGUCUCCAGUGGAUAUCGAGAUGACGAGUUUCACAGGGCAGCCAACGAAACCAGAAGGGAUGAUGGUGGCCCCUAUUAAGGUAGGACCGAAGGUGAUCUCAACCGUGUUCUUUGUGGUGGAUGCUAACACCAUUUACUCAGUCCUAUUGGGGCGAGAUUGGAUUCACGCCUCCAAAUGCGUGCCCUCUUCUCUUCACCAACAUAUCAUGUUCUGGGAAGGAGAUCAAGUGUUCAGAAUGGAUGUCAGCACUAAUCCGUUCGGCUCCACAGAGAUUGUGGAAGAAUCCAUACUUUACUCUGAAUAUGUACCUCCGAUCUCACAGACAGCUGUGGUAGAUGAGUAUCCCCGGAAGAGCUGUAAGCUCACUGCGCAGGGGUUGCAUGGCGAGGAAGGUUCCAGCAAUAAUGUUGAUAAAAGAGAAAGCUUUCGCUGGCCUGACCUUUUGGAGAAAACAGAACCUUCCUUGUCAACUCAGGAUCCGCUCAUUGAAUACAAUAUAGGAACCGAACAGAUACCCAAGAUGGUCAAGGUUAGUGGUUUGUUGUCUAAAAACCAGCAGGAGCAAAUGGUAACGAAGAAUGGAAAGAUUCGGAUUUGCAUUGACUUCAGAGAUCUUAAUCUGGCUACCCCCAAAGAUGAGUAUCUAAUGCCCAUAGCUGAUAUGUUGAUCGAUUCAGCGGCGGGGCACCAAAUUUUGAGCUUGAUGGACGGUUAUGCAGGGUAUAAUCAGAUCUCAUUGGCAGAAGAAGAUAUACCAAAAACCGCAUUCAGGUGCCCAGAGGCCUUGGGGAUCUACGAAUGA